AUGACCCUUUACCUUCUUUUUCUUCUGUGGUGUCGUGGAGGAACAACCUCCAGAGGCUUUUUCUUCUUCCCGGAGCAGCACGCGACGGCGCAGGUGGUGGCGCAACCUUCUGCUUUUCGUUCUGCAGUGGUGGAGUUGGAGAGAAGUUUUGAUGGCAGAGGCGUCGCGCUUCUUCUUUUUGCGCAGCAUUGGCGGUUUCCGUGUUGCUGUUCUGCUUUUCCUGCAGUUUCUGAAGAAGAUUGUGAUGUAAUUUGCAGUGUCAUUCUUCUUCCCAUUGCAAUAACAUUUUAUGUUACUUGGGGAUUUAUCCGAUUUGUUGAUGGUUUCUUCUCUCCAAUAUAUAAUCAUCUAGGAAUCAAUAUUUUUGGUCUUGGAUUUUUAACUUCCAUCACUUUUAUAUUUUUGGUUGGAAUUUUCAUGUCAUCAUGGUUAGGAAUUUCACUUCUCACCCUUGGUGAAUGGUUCAUCAAGAAAAUGCCUUUAGUAAGCUACAUGUAUGUUGCUUCUAAACAAAUAAGUGUAGCAAUAUCACCUAAUCAAAGCUCAAAUGCUUUCAAGGAAGUUGCGAUCAUAAGACACCCUCGUGUUGGUGAGUAUGCAAUUGGAUUCAUCACUUCUUCGGUGAUACUAAGAAAUAGAGAUUAUGAUGAACUAUUUUGUGUUUACGUUCCCAUUAAUCACUUGUACCUUGGAGAUAUUUAUCUCAUUGGCCCAAAUGAUAUUCUAAGACCAAAUUUGUCUGUUCGAGAAGGAAUAGGUACGAAUGUUCGAUAA